AAAAAAAAAUAACACCUUUGUAUAGAGAAAACACAGCGGUUUGUUUUGAAGUGGGAGUUUCGGGAAGGGAAUUUUUCAGAAAGAAAAUGUCUAUCUAUGAAGACGAAAACAAUUUGUUCCUGGACAUACCGGAUGACGCACCUCUAUUCGGUAAUAGGAGGCCUACAUGCCUUAUUGGGAGUGUUUUCUACUGUAUCUUUUUGGCAAGCAGGUUUUGCUGUUUUGGCUGUGGGAGCAACAUGGAUAUUUCACCCUAUUCAAGGAUUAGUUUUCCAGCUUCUUUGCAGUUGUAAUGUUGCCCUCUUAGUUAUCAGCGGCAUUUUCCAGCAAUAUCUGGUAUACCAAGUACAGAAAAUACGCUUGCAGGGUUACUGUGUUUUCAGCCAGAAGCUGAAGCAUAUUAUUCGCUUACCAUUUGCAACAAUUGCAUAUGGAACUGCUGCAAUGCUGCUGGUCAUGGUUUGGGAUCCAGAUAUUAGCAUCCUCUCCAUAUCCACACUACUCAGGAUAAUCAUGCUGGCUGAAGUAGUCUGUGCUGCUUCUUUCAUGACUCUCUAUAUUGGCUAUGUUCAUCAAUACAAUUCAUUUGAUUCCCAGCCCGAUGUUUUAAAGUCACUUUAUUCUCCACUUCAACCAUCAAAUUCUUUGGAAGGACCGAGGUAUCAAGAUGGUGGUCGACUAUCUGAUCAGCUCAUAGCCUUAUUGCAAUAUCAGCAAGUAAAUAUACACUUUCUGAGUGAGGAGCUUCUUGGAUUACAGGAAUCCUUGAGCAAAUAUGAAAGGUCUAAUGAUGGGAGUGCACCACAGGUUGAUCUGGCCCACUUACUGGCUGCUAGAGACCAAGAAUUGCGCACACUUUCAGCUGAGAUAGAUCAAUUGCAAUCUGAGCUUAGGCUUGCUCGAUCUCUGAUAGAUGAGAAAGAUGCUGAGAUGCAGCGCAUUCGCAGUACAAACAAUCAGUAUGUUGAGGAAAAUGAGAGGCUUAGAACAAUUCUAGGGGAAUGGAGCUGCCGAGCAGCGAAGCUUGAACGUGCUUUGGAGCUCGAAAGGAUAUCAAACUUGGAAUUGCAGAAAAAAAUAACAACACUGAAAAGCCAAUCGUAUGAAUAAACUCCAACUAAAGUAGCUGCUAGGUUAGCAACUUGCUACUGCUCAAUAGACUAGCAAAUUCUUUGUUCUUUUUGUUCUUAUGAACUGGGAAGGAAGUUGUGCUCUAUGCUCAGACUACACCAUUCUAGGUUUGAUCAUGAGAAGUAUGAUGAAUGCAACAUUUUGAUCCUCCCAGCUAAUGUAUGUUCCUGCACAUUUUCAUUUUGUUUCCUA